AUGCCUGCACAGCAGAAUAUCGUGGAAGAACUCAGAGCAAUCCGACAGCUGAUCCAGAAAAUGAGGGAAGAGACUCAUAAUCAACUGGAGCCCAUCUCAACCAUGCUGCAAAAGCAUGAGAAGGAGUUGGACGAGCUCGGGAACAAGCCAAAGACAAAGCGGGCAAAGAGGUUUCUUGAGAAGAGAGAUCCAAAGAUCAUUGAAAACACAAAGAAUGCCAUGCUCAUCAAAGGUGGCAAUACCAGUGAAACCGUGACUCAGGCUCUCAGGGACAUUCAUUCUUUAAAGAAACCAAAUGCAGUUAUUUAUAAAAAGAAAAAUAUUACUCGACCCUUUGAAGAUCAAACAUCGGUGGAAUUUUUUUCAAAGAAGUCUGACUGUUCUUUAUUUAUGUUUGGUUCUCACAAUAAGAAGCGACCGCACAACUUGAUAAUAGGCCGUAUGUUUGAUUACCAUGUCCUGGAUAUGGUUGAGCUCGGAAUUGAAAAGUUUGAAAGUUUGAGAGAUUUUAAGAACAGCAAAUCUGCAGAAGGAUCCAAGCCUAUGUUGAUUUUUGCAGGAGAUGCCUUUGAAAUAGAUAAUGAUCUUAAAAGGGUAAAAAAUCUCUUUAUUGAUUUCUUUCGCGGGCCCACAGUACCGAAAAUUCGUUUAGCUGGCCUGGAAAUUGUUCUACAUUUCACGGCUUUUGCUGGAAAAAUCUUCAUGAGAAGCUAUAAGGUAUUGCUGAAGAAAUCUGGCUGCAGAAUACCCAGGAUAGAACUGGAAGAAAUGGGGCCUUCCUUUAAUUUUAUACUAAGGAGAACACACUUUGCAUCUGAUGACCUCUACAAAAAGUCUCUUAAACAGCCAAAAGCUCUUAAGGCGAAGAAGAAGAAGAAUAUUUCCCAAGAUGUAUUUGGGACAACAUAUGGUCGAAUCCAUAUGGAGAAGCAGGACCUUAGUAAACUGCAGACGAGAAAAAUGAAAGGGCUGAAGAAGAGGAAAGCAGGGAAGAAUGUCAUAGCUGAUGAGUCAGAGAGCAGCCCAAAGAAGACAAAAGUGUAGUUAGAUAGGAUAUUCCACCUCUGUUUUCAAGUGAUUGAAAGCAACUGAAUCUCUGGCACCAGCAAGCACAGAUGAGAUAGGUGGUCAAAUAAAUGAACCUCCAGUCUUUUUAUACUAGUCAGAGCAUUGAUGUUACUGACUUUUAUGUUUUGCACAAUAGACUGAUGUUUACAAUAUUCCUGUUGGGAGUGUUAAAUAUCAAAUUUCAAAGGGUGAUCUUUCCCAUAUUAUUUUGAGAAAUCUGCCCUUGCAGACUUGUUCGGUCCAAGGAGGUUCACAGUUAACUUUACAUUGCUGGAUUAAAUAUAGUUUCAAGCUACAUUCAUGCUUUUCUCUAAAUCGUAAAUUACUAUUAAAUGCUGAUAAGUAUGCAUUUGGCAGAAUAAAAAUCAGUCCAGUUUGGAGCAAAUGUAAAGAUAUCGACAGCAUAACCAUCACAUUAUAAUUGACUUUGAAGCAAUAAAAAAAUUUGGGUUUGGGAAGACAAAAUACUGGUUAUUCAUGAAGCUUACUUAAAAUGUCUUUUUUUUUUCAAUAGCAUUUGAUAGGUCGGUGUCCUCGCUCAGUUUGAGGACUUCGGUUUGAAGUUUUCAUCUAUUUUAGUCACCAAACUUUCAGUGCUCUUUUUGUCAUUUCAGGUUUUGUGCAAUUUGGAGUAUUUUGCUUUCUGUUCAAGGAAAGCCUUUCUGGCCUCAGUUAGGCACAGCCUUCAGAACUCUGACACGAAAUGAGAAUUUGUGUAAUUUUAAUAUUGGGAGAUUAAGUAUAACAACAAACCCAUGCAUGAAUAUUUUGACAUAUAUCAAUUUGUAGUUUGAAUAACAUUAAAAAUAAUAUUGUGCUGUGGAAGCUGCUGUGCAGUUGCAUGCCCCUUA